AUGAAGUAUCUGAUCGGUCGGGUGGCCGACCCCAUCUUUGGUAUCGCCACAGGCAUCGGUGCCUAUUAUAUCUAUGAAACGGAUCCGCGGAAUGCCGCUGAUCAUGGACCUGGCAACACGCUUCUUGACCUGAUUAGUCGCCGAUGGGGCGUGGCAAACCCUUUGGCGCGCACACCUGCAACUUCGGAAACGGAUGAGAAGAAACUGAUUUAA